AUGGCUCCUGGCCCAAAGAAGUACGUGACAGUCGCGAAGGGCAAGGCGAACCCCCACGAGUUCGAUGGCUACGAGGGCGUCGUGCAGGAGACCUCGCACAUCAACUCGCCUAUCGAGGAGAUCUACUUCACCGGGAAUAUGCUCUCCAAAUACGAGGCUGUGACGGAGUCGCUGAAGGACGUUAUCAAUACAGACGGCGACAACGAGGAGACGUGGGAGAAGUUCGACACACAUUUCACGAGGUUUCUGAACAUGUCUUGGGCCACGAACUGGGACGGCACCAAGUACGACAUCGUCUUCUACGGCAGCAUGGAAGCCCUUUUAGCUAAACACCGGGCUGAGUCCCUCCGUGCUCCACGUGCCUCGGGGGCUGAUGCUCUCGGGACCAUGGGUGCUUUUGACUGCUGGCUUCACGGCAUUCACGUGUCUCCCAAGGUUUCGUGGCCACAGGGAUGGCAAGGAGAUUUCCGAGCAUGCUCCGACAGCUUUCUCCUGGAAUCUGCAGAGCGAAGGUAUCGUUUGGAAAGGAUUCUCCAGCGCGCUGCUGCAGGCCAGACCCUGACUUCAAAGUCAAAAAGUGGCCGCCGCUGGUAUGGGGACUUCGGCGGCUUAAAGAAGCCGUCCGGAAAGUCACCGCUUUGCUUGAGCAAAGAGGGCAUCCUGUGGGAAGUAGACGGCAUGUCGUCGUUGCUUAUCCCGCUCUUGCUUGCAGAUGUCAUGUUUGCUCCUGUGCACUCGAAACUGGCACCGCCUUUCUCACCAGCGCCAGAUGCCACGCACAUCAUUCUGAUUGCUCCCCGGGCUACUGGCAGAGCAAAAUCAGUGGUUUGGCUGCUUUGUACGAGUGCCUGCGACUGUUCUCUGGAUCACUUCAUCAUAAGUCUUAGCAGGCGCGGUGCUGUUCGUUGGGAUUCUCGACAGUGUCUUCACCUCCCGGCCCACAUUUUAGGCCAGGGAUCCCAAGGGACAGUUCUUGGAGGCAUGUCCCUUCUCCCUCUGUAUGAAGAGCACCGUACGCUGAUCCCUUCGAAAGCAGACGUGCUGAAUAUGAGCAAAGUCCACAACUUCGGACGGGUGGCUGUCAAGAUUUGGGACAAGCUUGAUUCGGCGAUGGUUCGUCGAGAGGUUUGCUUCCUGCAGCAGUCGGCAGGUCAUCCGAACAUCUCGGCCCUCUUAGGUGUUUACGCAGAGGCGCGGAAGUUCAGCGUGAGAUGGCUCCUUGCGAUGGAGCAUUGCACCGAAGGUGAUCUCUUCAACAUGAUCAAGGCAAAAUGUUUGUCCUUAAGGCUCAUUCUGGAUAUUCAAGCCGGCCUGUCAUCAGCAUUGACGCACUUGCACUGCUUGCACAUCGUCCACCGAGAUGUUAAAGCAGAGAACGUGGUCAUGCAGAAGGAUCGUGCAGUGCUCAUUGACUUCGGGGUUGCCGCAUACCGAAAUGACAAGGAAGCCAUGUGCCAAUCUGUUGGAUCGCCAGGCUAUGCCGCGCCAGAGAUGAUAGCUCCCAUCAUGCGGUGCUAUGACGAGCUCGUGGACGUUUUUGCCCUGGGAGUCCUGAGUUACUUCAUGAUGUUUCGAGCUUUGCCUUUUUGGGGCGCCACUCCCGCUGAGACGCUGCAGAUGACUCAGGGCUGGGAGGUGGAGAUUCCUGGGUUGAAGGACGAACGAUGGAGUGCAAUUGCAUCUCUGGUGCUGCGGAUGAUGUCCAAAGAAGCCAAGGAUCGUCCAAGCGCCAUGAGGUGCUUCAAGGAGUUUACGGACCUGGAAUCUCUUGUGACCAUGGGUGGCAAGUCUCGGGCAGUCAGGAUCGCGCAUGCUGCCCUGGUUCACUAUGGUUAUGUAGAUGCGCCUGAAGAUUGCAGCCUGGAAAUUCUCUGCGGAAAAGAUGCACGGUCCAUUUCCGAGGAAGCUUCUCCAAGCGCUAGAGCUGCAGCACCCAAAGCCUCCUUGCUGGGCGGCCUUGGUCGCAUAUCGAACCCCUCCAGGAGGCGGAGCAGGUCAUUGCCUGUGAGGGUGAGGCAAAGAGUGUCCAAGGCUCUUCAGAGCAUGCUUUGCUCGUCCGAGGCAUCAGUCUCAAGAGCACCACAGGAGCCGGAGAGUGCGCAUUGCUUUUCUGGUGGAGUCGGCUUGCUGCCCAGCGGGGACGCGGAAGCGGAUCCCCCACAAGCGACUGGAGCUCAGAAAGCACAAGCAAAAUACACUCUCCCCGGCCGGGUUGUCUCCAACUCUUCUGUGGCAGAAGCAGCGAUGAACCAAGGAGGAUGCACAGCUGUGGUGGAAUGCAGCUGCAGGUCGACUGUCAUUGCGGCUGACACCCAGAAUGAUCAAGAGAGCAAGCAGGAGCAUACCCGUGUUGUGCUUGACUUCCCACUUUCAGCAAGGUCAGCCAAUGUCCCUUUGCACGAGGACAUGGGUGACAUGCUCAAAGAGGACCCUCCCUCCCUGCUCGUUGCUCCACCUCAGGACCAGGACUUUGAAUCAGAUCAUCCGCCAGCAGAGGGUGCAUCAUUACAUCAUCCCGGCACGCACCAAGAUGCACAAUUUUCGCAGUUUCACCACUCAACAGCACCUGGCCAGUGCGCUGAGCUUUUGUCCGGCGUUCGAAAUAGCGAUUUGAGCGUGUACCAAAGGCAUCUCAGCGAGUCGUCAGACGAGUCGCAAGAUGUGCUACCAGGAGAAGCAGAUGCCUUCGAGUUCGCACCUGUAGUCAGUGGCGACCUCGAGUGA